AUGGAUUUUGUGCGUGAGUUGACAGAGGGCAGGCCCACAUCGCUGACCAGCAGCCGGGAAGCCAUGGACCCGUGUGCCAGAGCGAGCAGCACAGCAGCCCCCCUGCCCUGCACCAGCUGUGGGGGCUGCUGCGACCCUCCUCCCCCUGGCCUCGUGCUCGCUGGUCCCCUUGGCCCCCCUUAUGGCCCCCCUCUCUCCUCCAUGCCCCCACACAUGACCCCUGCUCCCCCGGUGUGUGCUGCUACAGCUGUCCAGGCUGAGAAUGGCAGCAGCUGGAACUCCUCCUCUGGUUCUUCAGACUCCCACCCCGGCCACCAGGGCGGCUCUACCACCUCCAUACCCUACUGGACGGCCGUUUUUGACUACGAGGCCACGGCAGACGAGGAGCUGACCCUGCGGCGCGGGGACCUCCUGGAGGUCCUCUCCAAGGACUCCAAAGUGUCCGGGGACGAGGGCUGGUGGACGGGCAAGAUCCAAGACAAGGUGGGCAUCUUCCCAUGCAACUACGUUACUCGGAGGGACGCGGGCAGCUACCCGCAGCUAACCCCAGGAGGGCUGGUGGCGGGUGGGGUGCCUGAGGGGUGCCCCCUGGAGAUCGACUUCACGGAGCUGGUGCUGGAGGAGGUGAUCGGGGCGGGGGGGUUUGGGAAGGUGUAUAGGGGCAUGUGGCAAGGGGAGGAGGUGGCAGUUAAAGCUGCCAGGCAGGACCCUGACGAGGACAUUAGCGCCACAGCUGAAAGCGUACGACAAGAGGCCAGACUUUUCUGGAUGCUCAGACACCCCAACAUCAUCAACCUGAUAGGGGUGUGCCUGCGAGAGCCCAACCUCUGCCUGGUGAUGGAGUAUGCCCGCGGGGGGGCCCUGAACAGAGCCCUAGCUGGGAAGAAGGUGCCCCCCAGGGUGCUGGUGAACUGGGCCGUGCAGAUCGCCACAGGGAUGGACUACCUGCACAAUCAGACCUUUGUACCGGUUAUACACAGAGACCUCAAGUCCAGCAACAGUGAGUAUACCAACACUCGCCUCCCACUCCACUCAUACCACAGUUUGUGUACAGCUGUCUCAAAUAUUUAAUUUCUGACCCAUUCGCUCCAAAUUAGUCCUUGACUAUUUCAUGUAAAAUAUAAAACAUUUGGGGGCAAAUCACACUCAGAAUGGGAAUACGUUAAUUCUUUCCUUUGGUUUGUUUGCAUGUUGAAUCAGCCAUGCAUACACACUUAAUUGCCACAAAGGCCGGAGACAGACUGUAUUCAUGCCUAUUUUAGUCACAGUCUCCAGUUAAGGGCAGUAUAGUAUAUGAAAUUCAUUUAACAGAGGAUGGAUGAGCGGACACUUACAGAAUGUACAGUACAGUACGUACUGUUAACCCUUGUGUUGAUGGGUUCAUUUAAGUAAUGUGUGGAUGAAAUGAAAUAGAGAGGUUUUCUGUUUGACACAGACAGUUGAGUUGAGCCUUACAGGGUAAGAUCAGACCUGGAGAGCUGUCUCUCUCUGCAAUCUUUCCCCUGUCAUUUCUCUCCUCCUCCUCCGAUCCUCUCCUCUCAUCCUCCUCUUUCUACCACCCCUCCUCAAGGAGAGCAGUUCUGCUCUGCAACUCGCCAAGCUAUUUUUGGUCCUUUGUGCUACUUGCUGUUUUAAAGACACAGUUGCAGUUGUUGGUGUGUUGGGGGGAAAUACACUGUGUGUGUUUGUGUGUGUGCGUGGGUCUGUCUCUGUGUGUGUGUGACGUGAGCAUGGGGGAUGGGGUGUAGAGAUACGAGUUGAGGCUACAGGAUGCUGAGCACAGGGCUUUUUGAAGGAGAGCGACAAUCUGGAGUAUAUGUAGCUUAAAAACACCCUGCUCACAGAUCUUCCAAAAUGUUCCUAAUCUCUCCCUGGUUUGUGAAGCUGUGAUGUAGAGAGAGCCGCCAUAUAAAAAGCUGCCCCUCCCUCAGUAACCGUAACGAUAGGGAUCAGAUGGGAAUUGGACGGUGAAGCCUUGGCAACAACGCAGAGCUGCCUUCACGACACUGGGCUGUGUCGAGUCAUCGAGCUGUCAGCCUCUGCGCAAAUGUCAAUUCUUUCACUUUGACAUCAUCUUUUCACACGGAAGAAUUCUAAGGAGUGUCUCAGUCUGCCAAGCCGUCUUCUUUCUCUGUGGCCCAUUUGAAAACGAUAAAGUAUUCAAGUAUGUGAUCAGACGACGACUUAAAGAUGAACGUUUACAUUACCCCGGUGAAGCCCGGAGGGAGAGAGAGAUGAAGAGAUGAGAAAGGAAAGGAAGAGACAGCGAGAAGGAAGGAAGCGAAAGAGAUGGUGAGAGAGGAAAGGUUACAAAGAUAAGGGAGGAAAAAGAGGGACAGAGGGAGACGAAAGAUAGAGAAAUAGAAGGUGAGAGAGAUUGGGGAGGUAGAAGGAGAGAGAGCGAGAGAGAGAGAGAGGGGGAUAAACAGUGGUUCAUCUUAGUUUAGGGUUACACCUCAGCUCAUUGUUCAGGUGUACAGGUCUCAGAUAUCCUCUUCAAACCGCCGCCCGUUUGGCAUCACUGCGGUUACGGAGAAGCUUCUCCUCUUUAUCUUCCCCGCCACCCUGGCUGGUCCGCCAACCUCUCCUCUACACACUCACUGUAUUUGUAGUGUGUGUGUGUGUGUUUCUGCCUUUCUCUCUGUGUUGUUGUUUGCCAGGCUGAGGCUAGAGUAGUGAGUCUGACUGUGUAACCAGGAUAAUCUGAUUACGGUGACCUCCUUAGAGUGAUGUGACAGCAGUGUUUGUGGGUUGGCAGGUCACUGUCCCGUGGUCCCUUUAGCUGUACCUGUCACACUGAUCCAGAAUCAGCCCACUCUCUCAGUGGUGCCCAAUCCUCCUUGGGCCAUAUUAUUCAGGGCAAGCAAAAUCUAAAUAAAUAUGAAUAUAAGUGUUAUAACAGUUUAUAAGCACAUACAGUAGGCUGACUCAGAGAAGCCCUAAGAAUAUGGUCAUGUGAACAAUCACGUCAUUAACAACACAAUUCUCAAAAACAUGGCCCUAGUUGAUAGCCAUUCAAUUAAAAACAUUAUUGAUCAGGUGAUUUGACCAAGAUGAAAUCCAACUUGCCCUAGAUAAUGGGUCUUCAGAAAGCGGUCUUGGAAACUCUACCCUGUGAUGGCUAACGUGUCUGCAGCCACUGCAUUGAGUUGAACGGUAUAUUGGCAUGACUCAGCAUCAGGUAACAAAAUACUGUACCACUGAUCACCUGGCUACUGUAACACACAUAGAAAUAUAAUCUAUAGAACAGACCUCCCCAUUCAAGUCAAUGAUGGUAUAAUGGGUGGACUGGCAGCCAGUGUACCCAUGAGUUUACCAGUCAAAUUGCCAGGGUUAGAGGUUCUAAGCCCUUUCUAUAGAUUCUGUUUCUAUGGACACACACCGGUCAGAUAGACCCUUCUAUACUGCAGAGUUAGGUGCGUUAUAUAACCUACAUGACUGUUUCCCCAUAGUCUUACUGUAUAUGGUUGCUUCUGUCCCAUGACCCAGUUUCCUGCACAACCACUGAUAGGUGAAAGGACUGGAUAGAUACCCAUCUCUGAGGAUUCACCUAUCAAGUCCUUUUAUAGAUGAGUCGAUAUGAAGGAAAAGAACCAAGGAAAGCAACCAAGGGAAUUCCAUUAAAAACCAAGUUUGUAGCCACUGUUGGGAGUUUUUGUGAAAGCUGUUUGAGCAUUAAGAUACUGAACAAGAGGCUAUUAUACUGUAUAUAGGCAUCAUAAAGAUGGGGUGGGUGGUUGACAUUACCUGGUGCUGUUUUGAGUGCUGUCACUUCAAAUGGAAAGCGAGUUGACGCGUUCAACAGUCACCUGAAUAGUGGGGCCUUGUGUCUGCAAGCUGGCCUGUCCAGUCUUUAAUAGUUUUUUCCUCCACUGGAUAAUUCAGCAUUUAUUACAGGAGCUAGUAACUUGGAUAUUACUCGGUUAGAUGGUGUGAGUUGGACUGAAAUAUUGAGUAUCAUCAUCUUAAAUUUAGGUAUCCUUCAAUUAUGAUAUGAAUACCCUACCUUACACAGAAAGCGGCACAGGUCCUAAUCCAGGCACUUGUCAUCUCCCGUCUGGAUUACUACAACUUGCUGUUGACUGGGCUCCCUGCCUGUGCCAUUAAACCCCUACAACUUAUCCAGAACGCUGCAGCCCGUCUGGUGUUCGACCUUCCCAAGUUCUCUCAUGUCACCCCGCUCCUCCGCACACUCCACUGUCUUCCAGUUGAGGCUCGCAUCUACUACAAGACCAUGGUGCUUGCCUACGGAGCUGUGAGGGGAACGGCACCUCCUUACCUUCAGGCUCUGAUCAGACCCUACACCCAAACGAGGGCAUUACGUUCAUCCACCUCUGGCCUGCUAGCUCCCCUACCUCUACGGAAGCACAGUUCCCGCUCAGCCCAGUCAAAGCUAUUUGCUGCUCUGGCACCCCAAUGGUGGAACAAGCUCCCCCACGAUGCCAGGACAGCGGAGUCACUGACCACCUUCCGGAGACACUUGAAACCCUACCUCUUUAAGGAAUACCUGGAAUAGUGUAAAGCAAUCCUUCUACACCCCCCCCCCCCCACCCCCCCAUAAAAAAAUAAAAAAAAUAAAAAAGUGGUUGUCCCACUGGCUAUCAUAAGUUGAAUGCACCAAUUUGUAAGUCGCUCUGGAUAAAAGCGUCUGCUAAAUGAUGUAAAUGUAAAUGUAAUACAUGCUCCAUAAUUGCUACUUAUCGGAUUAGUGCAUAGCAUGCCACUGAAAAGCGUUUGAAUGUGUGUCUGUUUAGAAAAGGAUUAGCGUUAUGGCUAGCAGUAGCUACUAAUCCCUAUCAGAGAUAAAGUAGCCUAGCUGACGGUCGGUGGAUAACUGGGCUGGACUUCCUGAGUAGCCUGUCUUUCUGGCUUCUCUCCCACACACAGAAAAGGGAUGUUGCAGCUAGAAGAGCCAUCACAGAUUGAAUUGAUUCCUCAUCAUGGCAGGAGUAGGAAAAUACUGGCCAGCACUAGAACACCUGAUUCAAUCAAUGAAUUAAUCUCUCAAGGGCCCUGUUCGAAUGCUUUCAAAAUGCAUCCUCCCCUCCUCCUUGAAUGUAUCACUGAGAGUAGUAUGUUUGUGCAUGCAUGUCUUUAUAUGUGCAUGUGUUACAUGCAUGUGUAUGUGUGCGCAAUUGCAUAUACUGUGUCUGUAUGUGUGUGUGUGUCUAUGGAGGUGGGACAGAGGGACACGGUGGUGCUCGCUAGCUAGGGCAGGGAACACUCACUGGGAGUGCAGCAACAAUGACCCCAUUCUCACACAACAAGCCAAGACAAGAGCUGGGCUCACAAUGACAGGAGUCACUGAGGGGGAGGGGGCGCAGAGAGGACGGACGACACAGAGAUGGAGGGAGUGAGGUCGACUGUAGACCUUGAAUGACAGGAUGGAGGGAUGGAUGAUAGAGAAAAGGAGAAGGAAUGUGCUUUCUGUAGAAAGGCCCUGCGGGCUAGGUUGGUGGAGGGAGGGAGGGAGGGAGGGAGAAAGUGGUGGGGAUGGGGUCAGUUGGAGACGCGGUCAGUGUUCUACAGAAUCAACGUCAUACAGUUCCUCUAGUACCCCUCAUUAUACUCCACACAUCUGUACAUUCCCAACCAAAACACAUCACCAAUCAACCUCUGGUGGUGAACUAAUUAGUUUAACAUAGUAAUUGGUUGUAAAGAGAACUAGCUGACAGAUGAAUGAAUGGUCUCCAAUAAGGUCAAAUAAGGCCUAUCCUGUGAGUAGUAGUGUCAGUGUGUUCUGUCUUACUACUGUUUUGGCUCUCAGUAAGGCCUUGGACUCAGCACAGGCACCGUGAGAACAGGUGCAUACUGCAAACAGAUGUUUGUAUUCCUUCUCUGUUAAGCUCAGUUAGACCCCUUGAGUUGAUAAACAUGAUGAAAGCGCCCACAGAGAGAACAGGGGAGAGGGAUAGAGAGUGGAAGAGGGAUAGAGAGGGGAGAGAGGGAUAG